AUGCAGGGCCCCGUGCUCGUUCUAAAUGCGAACACGAAGCGCGAGUCGGGUCGCAAGGCGCAGCUCGGCAACAUCGCGGCGGCCAAGGCAGUGGCGGACAUCAUUCGCACCACGCUAGGUCCGCGCUCCAUGCUCAAGAUGCUGCUCGACGCCACCGGAGGUGAGCGGGACGCCACAGGAGGUGAGCGGGACGCCACUGGAGGUGAGCGGGACGCCACUGGAGGUGAGCGGGACGCCACUGGAGGUGAGCGGGACGCCACUGGAGGUAUCGUGCUGACCAACGAUGGCAAUGCCAUUCUGAGAGAAAUCGACGUCACGCACCCAGCUGCCAAGUCAAUGAUCGAGUUGAGUCGCACACAGGACGAGGAGGUGGGCGACGGCACCACCUCCGUCAUCAUCCUCGGUGGGUUCCCCUCCCCUCCCAUCCCCUCCCCUCCCCUCUUUUACCCUCCCCUCCUCUCCCCUCCCCUCCUCUCUCCUCCCCUCCGCUUCCUCUCCUCUCUCCUCCCCCCUAACGAGAUGCAUCUCUUCCCACGCAUCAACCACUCGGUGCGUUUCCCUCGCCAGACACAUUCCCUCCCCUCCCUGCGCCUUACCCGUGCUAUUCACUUCACUUCACUCUGCAAGCCCGCUCAGCCGCCCCAGACUUGCCCGCUCUCCUCACCUAUCCACUCUUUCCUUCCCUCCGUUUCUUUGAUGCCCCGCAUGCCACGUGUCACCACUGGCGCGCCCAGUGGUCAGGGCGCGCCCAGUGGUCAGGGCGCGCCCAGUGGUCAGGGCGCGCUCAGUGGUCAGGGCGCGCUCAGUGGUCAGGGCGCGCUCAGUGGUGAGGGCGCGCUCAGUGCGUACACCAAGGCGUUGGACGAUGCGAUAGCGGUGAUUGACAAGGUGGCAUUCAAGAUCGACGUCAACAACAGGAAGCAGAUGCUGAGCAUACUGCAGAGCUGCAUUGGCACCAAGUUCACCACCCGCUUUGGCUCCCUCAUGGCUGAGCUAGCCCUGGAUGCGGUGACAACAGUGGCGGUGGAGGUGGGCGGGCGCAAGGAGAUUGACAUCAAGCAGUACGCCAAGGAACUAGCGCUAGAUGCGGUGACAACAGUGGCGGUGGAGGUGGGCGGGCGCAAGGAGAUUGACAUCAAGCAGUACGCCAAGGUGGAGAAGGUGCCGGGCGGUCGGAUAGAGGACAGCGCGGUGCUGCGCGGUGUGAUGUUCAACAAGGACGUGGUGGCCCCUGGCAAGAUGCGGCGGCGCAUUGAGAACCCGCGGGUGGUGCUGCUGGACUCGCCGCUGGAGUACAAGAAGGGCGAGAACCAGACGAAUGUUGAACUCUUGAAGGAGGAGGACUG